AGUGUAUUUAAUACUUUCAAAAUUAAAAUUCUUAAAAGGUUGUCUAAUAUUGAUAAAAUAUGCAUAUUCAAGUCGUAAAUCGAUGAUUAUUUGCUAACAUUCGUUUCACAUCACUAAGGAAAUUGUCAAUAAUAAAUGUCAAGUGAGUGAAGCAGAAAAGAAAAACAAAAGGCCGAAGUAGAUACAGAAGUUAAUUCAUUAAAAUUGCUGUAAAAUAUAAAAUUGCGUACUUAGAUUAUGAGUGUAAAGUUUUAGCACUAUAUUUAAGAAAUAUAAAAGCUGCGUUUAAGAGAAAUUAUGGAUUUUUUGUUUGCACCUCUACCUGAAACAAAUUUUCAAAUGAAUACGGAAGAAUUACGUUUAUGGCAACGAAAUGCCAUAUUCGAGUGUGAAUGUGAUAAUUUCAUUAAUAGACGUAUAGAAGCUGGUCGAACACACCUCCUGACACUGCCAAAUCGGGCACACUCUGAGUUACCUGGAAUUGAUGCUGCGAUACGGCAACAUGGACUGCGGCUACCGGAUGUAAUGGGAAAUAAUGGUCACAGACCUAUCUCCAGCGCCAGCAAUAGUAAUAGCAUUGAGAACAUUGAAAAUGACAGUCAUACAGAUAGUAAUGCUAAUAUAUCGCCACCUCUUCCUCAAAGACGACGAUUAGCGUCUAGAAACGUGGAAUAUGAUCGUGAUAAUAUGCUUGACAGAAUAUACCAAGAAGCUCUGUUGACAGCUUUUCGAACGAGAGGGUUAAGUGCAAUUCGUAAUCCUUAAUGCUAAUGGAAAUGUUCGCUAUUUGGGUGGGCGAAGGAGGCAAAACUACCGACUUCAAUGAAUAAUAAUGAAAAAUUGUAUGUAUCUUAAAUAUUUAUGAAAUUUUAAAUAAGAGAUCUUAAUUGAAACGAAAUUCCUUGGAAUUGUAUCUAUGUAGCUCUAAAAUUGUAGAACUUUACGGUAAUUUUUAAUUAAACAAAAUAUUAACAAAUGAAGAAUUAGUUGUGUAAAAUUGAUUUUUACCAAUUUCUUUUUUUAACAACAAAUACAUGUACCGAAAACCUUAUAAUAUGAAUAUUUUAGGUAAAUUAAAUGCUUUGCAAAUUCAAAGCUCGAUACGUAAUUGUGAAUGAGUGCAGUUGUACCAGAGAACGUAUAUCAUAUACGAUAUACGCUCUCUGACGAGAAUGAGAGCAGAGGGCAUAAAUGGAAAAAGAUUUAUCAGCUGUUUAAAUAGCGGUUAUUUCAUGCCAUUGACAAUUUUGUUUUUGCUCCAUGUGCCUAUUUGAAUGAUAUUUUCGUAGGCCAAUAGUUUGUGUUUAAUAUUAUUAAACGAUAAUUAUCAUACUUUAUUUAACAAGGAAACAAAAUGUCUUCAAUAGAAAGUGAAACUGCUGCGCUCAGUGAAAUGGAGCGUCUAACAGCUCAUUUGCGCACAGAAAUAGAAAAAACAAAACGUGGCGAGGGGCUUGAAUUUGAAGAAGAUGAAGAGUACGUAAAGUUGCAAACCGAGAACACAAAACUCAAGCACCGUUUAGCGAUUUUGAACAAGGCUAUAGCAGCAGAAACAAAUACCAUAGGUGCGGCUGCUGAAGUGACUACAAAAUAUCAACCUGCCGAGCUACCAGUUGCGGUAAACGAAAUGAUUUCAAUAACCGAACAUCUUGUGGAUUUAUUUACAAAUGCUAUCGCUUUGGCAUUCCCAGAGCUUGCUGGUACCCAAGCAAUCAUAUCACUGGUGAAUACCAACGCUGCUAAAUUUGGUGAUUAUCAAUGCAACAGUGCAAUGUCACUCGCAAAGACUUUAAAAGCUACUGGCGUAAAUAAAUCGCCUAGGGAUAUAGCUAAUGAAAUAGUUAAACAUGUUGUACAAUCGCCACUCGUAGCAAAAACCGAGGUCGCAGGUGCAGGUUUCAUCAACGUAUUCCUCCAAAAAGAUUAUGCUGCGCAUGCUAUUGAUACACUUUUACGUAAAGGCGUUAAUCCACCGGCUAGCCGAAAGCAACGCGUACUUGUUGACUUCUCUUCACCCAAUAUAGCAAAACAGAUGCACGUUGGCCAUUUGCGUUCAACAAUUAUUGGUGAGUCCAUAUGUCGUUUGCUUGAGUUUCUGGGACACGAUGUUUUGCGCGUCAAUCAUCUGGGUGAUUGGGGUACUCAAUUUGGUAUGCUUAUUGCGCACUUGGAAGAUCGUUUUCCCAAUUUCCUAAACGAAAGUCCACCUAUUGGUGACUUACAAGCAUUCUACAAGGAAUCGAAAAAGAGGUUUGACGAAGAUGAAGCAUUCAAGAAGCGUGCAUACAAUUGUGUCGUACUUUUACAAGGCGGUGACGCAAAUUCAACAAAAGCCUGGAAUCAAAUUUGCGAUGUUUCACGUCAAGAAUUCCAAAAAAUCUAUGAUCGCCUGGAUGUAACACUCAAACCAAUCGGCGAGUCUUUCUAUCAGUCACGUAUGAUAGAAGUUGUCAAGUAUUUGGAAUCGAAAAAUCUACUCGAGGAAGACGACGGUCGCAAGAUCAUGUGGGCCGACGAAAGCUCAUCGGGCAUACCCUUAACGAUUGUCAAGUCUGACGGCGGUUUCACUUAUGACACAUCGGACAUGGCUGCAAUCCGUUAUCGUUUAGAAGAACAAAAAGCUGAAUGGCUGAUAUAUGUUGUAGACUCUGGUCAGAGCACACAUUUGCAAAAUAUUUAUCGUGCCGCUGAACGCGCGGGCAUAUUCAAUCCGAAAAUUCACCGUGCUGACCAUGUGAACUUUGGCGUAGUGCUAGGAGAGGAUGGUAAAAAAUUCAAAACCCGUUCCGGUGAGACAGUUAAACUGUCUGAUCUGUUGGAUGAAGGUUUGAAACGUGCGCUAGAUAAAUUAUUGGAAAAAGAGCGUGAUAAGGUGCUUACACCAGAAGAGCUGAAAGCAGCACAAGAAUCUGUGGCCUAUGGUUGUAUCAAAUAUGCCGAUUUAAGUCACAAUCGCACAAACGAAUAUGUAUUCUCCUUCGACAAGAUGUUGGAGGAUCGUGGCAACACGGCCGUAUAUCUGCUCUAUGCAUUUACUCGUAUAUGCUCAAUUUCACGUAAUUGUGGCGAAGACUUCUCCGACCUAUCUAAAAUACUGGAUAGUGGCAUAGCUAUUGAUUUGGCACAUGAAAAGGAAUGGAAAUUGGCAAAAACACUAUUGAAGUUCCCCGAUGUAUUGGUUAAGAUUUCAAAGGAUCUGCUAUUGCACACGCUUUGUGAGUUUUGUUAUGAAAUUUGUACUGUGUUCUCCGAAUUCUACGACAAUUGCUAUUGUAUUGAAAAAAAUAAGAGUGGCGAAAUUAUCAAGGUCAAUCGAGGCCGAAUUUUGCUGUGUGAAGCUACCGCUGCGGUGCUAAAGCAGUGCUUCUAUAUUUUGGGCUUAAAGCCAGUUUCUAAGAUAUAAAAUAUUAAGUAUCCCUUUUUUACAGAGCAAAGCUUUUGAUAAAAUCGAGAAAAAUAAAAAUAAUAAUAAAACUUAAAAAAUU